AUGCAAAAAUGGCCGACCGUAACCAAUGAUCUUGACCUGAAUGAGGGUAAAAUCAACUUCACCACCCGGACCGGUGAUGAAGUGACGAUUAAGGCUAUUUGGCAGGAUACCCUCCCUUUGGGAUCCCAUGAAGGUACGAUCUUCGCGAUCCAUGGAUCCCCGGGAUCUCACAAUGAUUUUAAAUACAUCGCGCAUUACUUGAAGAAGACCGGGAUACGCGUGAUAGCUAUGAAUAUGCCCGGUCAUGGAUAUACACAAAAGCAUAAGAAAAUCGGCUUUGAAAACGAAGAUCGUAACGCCUUUCUCCAAGCGAUGCUGGAUCAUCUACAAAUCGAGGGCCCGAUUGUGUUUGUCGGGCACAGUCGUGGCUCGGAAAAUGCAAUGGCAAUAUAUGCACAGGGGAUCAAGCCGUUUUUUAUCAUACAAUUCGCCUCCUGGAUUUACAAUGUCAAUUUGUGGUCCGUCCAGAAGAUGAUCAUGCACCCAAUUUUAUACCACGUCUACAAACGCAUCGUGCGCCUCAAAACCCAAACCGGAAAAAUUGCCGCCGUUUGCGUACAAAGUAUGCGCACGUUUGGUCUCGAAAAACAACGGCCCUACGUCGAGGAGCUGAACGAAAAUUCGAAAACACCGAUCGUGAUGGCGUAUUCGGGCAAGGACUUCCUAAUCGAGGACCAGAUCGUCAGGGAGAUGCUGGCCGAAUUUGACGGUGCCGAGGAACUGAUUCUCGACGAUUCCAAAAGUGACGACGUCGAAGCAAAAGCCGCGAGAUGGGUCCGCCAACGACUCCUAGAAUCCCGAGCCCUCGGCGUCUGCUUCAAGCAGGACGGCCACUACCUCCAGAAAUUCAAAGCCAAAUUUUUGGCAGACACCAUUGCAACGAUGUGCCAAUUG